AUGGGGUCCAAUGUGGGGGCCAACAUGCCAUCACCUUUGGUUCUCAGAUGCAGGCUACAGACCGAGUUUCUGGAUGGGUGUGUCAAACACAAGAGGAGAGUUUCCAUGUUGCACCUUACACCGCGCAGCUCGAGCCUAGAUACCGUUUUCGAGGAACUCUGGGACAUCGAGCCCACCAUUGGCCGAGGUUCUUUCGGUGUGGUCCGCUUCGAACGGCUAAGAGGACACCCAAGUGUGCGCUUCCAGUCGUCGUCACAUCGCGUGAGAGCUGUCAAAGAGAUCAGCAAAAGAAUGCCCGACGGUCACCACUGGGACUACAUGAAGGAAUUGGAGGCAAUAGCGAAGUUCUCUCAACCAAAUUAUGCACCGUUCUUUGUAAGGACGCGUGGAUGGUUCGAAAAUGCGAAAUCCGUCUUCAUAACCAUGGAGUAUUAUCCUCUCGGAGACCUACGCAGAUUCAUGGAUUCUCAGUCGCCAUUUACCGAGAACCUGACAAGCCACAUAGUUCGCCAAUUAACACGAGGUAUCAACUAUAUGCAUGCCAGUGGCUUUGCACAUCGUGAUCUGAAGCCGGCUAAUAUUCUAGUCGCAUCGACUUCGCCAAGGUGGUCCGUACGGAUUGCUGAUUUUGGCAUCAGCAAGCAGGCUCUCGAAGGUGGGACUUAUCUUCGAACAAUGCAUAUUGGUACUUUCGGAUACAUGGCACCCGAGGUGCUGGGGUUUAACGCCCAAAACAACCCAAGUGCAGCAUAUUCGGUGACAGUGGACAUGUGGGCCAUUGGCGUGAUAGCCCUGGAGCUGCUCAUGAAGCGGCACCCGUUUCCCAACGUCUCGGACCUGGUAGGCCACGUCCAUGGCACUCGCACGGUUCAGUAUGACGGAGUCUUGGGGGUGCACCCCUCGAACGCCUGUCGUGAUUUUAUUGGCGGCUUAUUGACACCACAUCCUGCCAUGCGACCCUCUGCCAGCGUUGCCGUGAAGCAUCCCUGGCUGAAAGAGAUCAAGAUCGAGGUUGUUGACUCUGAGGAUGACGAGCCACUUUUCGUGGAAGACUACCCUCAGGACGAAGACAUAACGAUGCGCCAUCGUGAUGGCGUCACCCCCGCCUCAUUACCAUCACUGGCCUGGUCGAAUCUACGACUGACACCGGGCGCAGCUGCACCUGCAAGUGACGCAGGAACGCUGAUGAGCACUCAGGCUGGCCUCCAGCUAGACAGGAGUGGUCUGUUGCCGAGCUUCCAAGCACUGUCGUUAGAAACGACGGAUAUCGAGACCAGCAUCGCCCACGGUAUCUGGACCUCUAGUCCGCGCGUGAACAAGAUCAUUGAGAAAGGCCAUACCAGAUCAGGCGGUAAAGUUGUGUUCUUCUUCUCAGUCAUAAAAAGCCAGCGGUUCUGUGGGGUCGCGCAAAUGACAAGCCCCAUGGAUUGGGACCACACAGACGAACACUGGCUGGAAGAUUCGUGGAGAGGCCGAUUUACUGUUGACUGGCUCUGCUUGACCGAGCUCUCUUUUAGCAAAGUCAAACACGUGCCUGUGUCGCAACGGACACCAGGUUUCCGUGCCAUUGCAUGUUACGACGGGACCGAGAUAUCGCCCGACUCUGCGCACCAGCUCUUGAGUGCAUUCUCGGCCGAAGAGGAGGCCGGGAUGGUCAUGACAGGUGGAGCAGUACCUGCUGCCUUGUGA